AAAAAGCACGAAGCCGCCGCCGCCGCCGCCGCCGGCCUCCCUCCUCCCCCUCCCCUCCGCCUCCUCCGACGUCGCCAAGAUGGCGGCUCCGAACAAGCAGUAUGGACUUAUAUUUCCCAAAAAAGCGCAACAGAAAACCUUUGUCAAACAUGCGGUGUUUAUGGAUGACUCGGAUGACGAGUCUUCAGUGGGCGAGAGCCUUCAACGGGAAGCCUUGAAAAAGCAAGCAAUGAAACAAACCAAGCUUGAGAUCCAGAGAGCGCUGGCGGAAGACUCUACAGUGUACGAAUAUGACAAUAUUUAUGAUGACAUCCAGCAAAAGAAGGCAGAAAGUCAUAACAAUUCACUUGCAGGGAAAGGGGAAAAAAAGCCCAAGUACAUCCAAAAUAUACUCAAGGCAGCCGAGCUAAGAAAGAAGGAGCAGGAAAAGCGAAUGGAGAAGAAGAUUCAGAAAGAACGUGAAAUGGAAGGGGAUGCAUUUGAUGACAAAGAAGCCUUUGUGACAUCGGCCUACAAGAAAAAACUGCAAGAAAGAGCCGAAGAGGAGGAAAGGGAGAGGAGGGAGGCAGCUGUCGAGGCAUGCUUGGAUGUGACCAAGCAGAAGGAUCUCAGUGGCUUUUAUAGGCACCUACUAAACCAGGCAGUGGGGGAAGAGGAGAUGCCCAAAUGCAGUCUUCGGGAGGCCAGGAUAAAGGAAGAAGAACUCAGUGGGAAUUCCAGUGACUGCAAACAAGUGAGCAAAAGCCCAAAUGAGAGGAUGAGACCUGACAUUCCUCUAAAAGCAGAAGAUAACCCAGAUGCAGACAGUGACUUGGAAAUGGAUACUAGCGAUGAGGAGAACAGCACUAACAUUCACACAAGCAGCAAAGCUGGUGACGAGAAGGAGACCAGGCAAGGCCACUCCAGCCGUAGUGGGGAGAGUUCCAGGCAUCACAAGAGCCGAAGGGACUCGAGGUCAUCCAGCGAGGAGAGAACCCGCCAGCCAAAGGUGCCUGCAGGCCCUCCAGAGGAAGAGGAGGGUGGAGGCAGAAAGGAGAAAAGUGGGGAGCACAGGGAAAAGGAACGUGAGAGAAGACACAAAGACCACGAGAAAGAGGAGCGUUCUCGACACGAUCAUUACAGGAGGCGGGAUGAGAGGCAGAGGAGAAAAGACAGGAAAGAGAGGGACGAUUAUGAUAGAGACUUGAGGAAGCAGAGAGUCAGAGAGGACAAGUACUCAGAGUGGGAACAGCAAGAGAAAGAAAGGCAGAUAAGCAACAAAGGCCGGCACAGGGAUAGGGAAAAGGACAAAGGGACAAGGGAAGAUAAAGAGGUGGAGGAGGAGGAGCAGCGAGAGAGGAAAAGCAGCAGCCCUGGGUCCUUGGCAAAAGAUCGCCAUCGGACCCAGGAAAGUGAGGUGGAGGGAGAAAACUCGCCCAACUCUGAGAGACUGCCAGAGUUGAAACACAAGACUUCAGGGGAGGGAACAGAGCAGGCGGAGAAACCUCUAGAGAGCCAGAGCAAAUUUGCAAAGCGUAGCAACGAGGAGACAGUCAUGUCAGCAAGGGACCGCUACCUGGCUCGGCAGAUGGCACGCGUAGGCACCAAGUCUUACAUAGAAAAAGAAGAGGACUAGUUCGUUUCAGGAGGGGCAUCUCUGGAGGUGACGUGUGCUCGCUGCUGGUGGGAAUACCAGGGCAGCAGGAAAUUAACUGCACGUUGGAGUGGAAGUAGUCCCAGGCGGCUCAUAUCUAGAGGGCCUUAAAAAGAGUGCCCUUCUCUGCAGGAUAAUGGAUAGAGAAGUCUGACUUCUGGACAUAGAGUGGAUAGCUUGAUUUGGGUCUGUUUACACUGACCUUGUGUACCUCAGUCCCUGUCUACACUCUUGUGUUGUUUGAAUGCAAUUAGCUCCAGCCUUUGCAUGAUAAUCGCCUCACAGAGGUUUCCUUUAGAGUAGGCAUGGGGAGCCUAUGGCCCUCCAGCUGUUGCUGUGCUACAACUUCCGUCAGCCCUGCUGGCUGCUGAGGAUUGGAGCCCAGCAACCUUUGGAGGGCCAUAGAGUCCCCGUCCCUGCUCCAGACCAUACAGCCCAGCCAAGAGUAAUAGGGGAAGGAAAGCAUGAAAAUCGUAUUUGAUGAGGAUGAUAAGUCAGCCCAGCAGCAGAAAUGCUUAUUGUUUUGUUGGGAGUUUUUGUUUCGGGUUUUAUUAUUUCUGCUGUACAGAAACACUGAAAUAAAACAAAGUGGGUGAAUUUUA